CCUGACGCGGGGCUCAAACUCACAGACCGCGAGAUCGUGACCUGGCUGAAGUCAGACACUUAACCGACUGCGCCACCCAGGCGCCCCUGUUCAUUUGCUUUUUUAUGCAAUAUUUGACACAUUCUAAAGAUUAUGUUCAUUUUAUAUACCUACUUUUGCCAGGCAAUAUCCUAGGUACCAGCGAGAUAACCGAACAAAAGGAUUCUUACACCUAUGAAGUGUACAUUCUGGUGGAAUAUUUACAUACUUUUUCUAUAUAAAUUAGAAACAUAAUAUAACGUAAACUUUUUUUUUUUUUUUUGCCUUGUUGCAUCUGAGAAAGCAAGAUGGGUCACCAACAGCUCUACCAGAGCCAUCUGAGGAAAGAGGAAAUUUGGCCAGGGUUCUCACCUUGCCGCAUCUGCUCACACCAGUACUGUGUGAUCUGGCAAUAUGGCCUCAGUAUGUGCCGCCAGUGUUUCCAUCAGUUCUCAAAGGAUAUAGGCUACAUUAAGUUGGACUAAGUGAAUCUCCUUGAAUGGGCCAUCCAAGAUACCUACCUACCUUAAUGCCAACUCGUACAUAAAAUAAAAAUACUUCAAUUAUGAAAAACAACACAUUGGAGAAACCACUCUUUCUCUAAAAACACAAAACGGGGGCACUGGCUGGCUCAGAGCCUAGGACUCUUGAUCUCAAGGUUGUAAAUUUGAGCCCCAUAUUGGGUGUAGAUUACUUUAAAAAAAUAAAUUCUUUAAAAACACAAAACGGUACUCAGUGGUGCUCUUCAUCUACUUCACAUAUGUUAAAGAAGUGAGAAAACCAGGGUGCCUGGUGGCUCAGUCCAUUGAGCAUCCAACUUGAUUUCGGCUCAGGACAUGAUCCCAGGGUCAUGGAAUUGAACCCUGUGUUGGGCUCUGUGCUGAGUGUGGAGCCUGCUGAAGAUUCUCUUUCCCUUCUACUCUCUCUAAAAUAAAAGUUAAACCACGGUUCUGAGUUGUGUUCAUCGUUCCUUUACAUUCGUAUGUUUGACCAUAUAUAUCUCUUCAUGCAUUGUUUACUUCACUAGUACUUGAAUUUUAUGAAAAUAAGACACUCAUCUGUGGCUUGCUUUUUCACUGUUGAUUUCCCUCAUUCAUCCAUUCAUUUACAGCGCUGCACAGUAUAUGCAUCUACCACAAUUUUAUUUACCCAGUCACAUGAAGACAUUGUUUCAUUUUAUGCUAUUAGGAACAAUGCUGUUUUGAACCUUCUGUUUCCACACAGUGUUCCUCUUAUGCUCUAGCCUCUAGUGUCUUUUAGAAUAGAAUCGCAGGGUAGAAAGUGCAAAAGACUUGCUUUUGAAAGUUGCUUUUGAAAGUAGUUGUACAAACUUGGACUUACUUGUAUCUUUGUCAGAGGUUGUAUUGGCAGAGUUUAAAAAAUAUUUUGCCUUUCUGCUGUGUACACCUCCGUGGUCUUCAUUUAUGUUUUCCUGCUAAUGAGACGGAGCAUUUUUGUUGUUCUCUGUAUCAUUUUUAACUUGUUUAUUUUUAUGUUUUAAAGUUACAGCAAAAUUCUAGUAAAUUUAGUUUGCUUUAC